CGUACCUGCAUGUUAGCGGCAUCGUCCCAUCCCGGUCGUUCAGCUCGCCGUGGUCGUAUAUAUCUUCGUAUUCGGUCCGCAUGUGCAGUUGGAGUUGCGAUGCUUGAACAUACAACCACGACGCACCCGGUGCGUUGUAUCGCUAAUGGCUUCCAUAUAGAUCGCGAAGGGCCAAGAGAAGGAGGUUGGCCAGGCAGCUAAAAACAACACAAUGAGCGCACGAGGAAGAUGCAGAAGAUGGCAACUUCGUCGCCCGAUGGUCCAGGAGAGGCCUUACCGGACCACUCCAAGCAAGAUGAAAGCUCACUGCAAGCUCUCCAACGAACUCUCAAGCACAUGGAUUACCCAGAUGCUCUGAUACCAGAAGCCAACGAAAUCUAUGAAUACUUUGGCAGACGCGUAAUCGAGCACAUCACCAGCUCAGGCCGCAAUCUCGCAAUCAAACUCAUGUUACCGUCCGAGGACGCAGACUACGAUGACAAUCGUUCUGAGGCUGCCAUGAUGCACUAUGCAGCAACACAUGGCGUACGAGCCCCGAAAGUCCUCGGAGUAUACGACAUCGUCACCACUUGUCCAGACAAACCUAUAGCAGUGGCAAUGGUGAGCGAGAGGGUGCCUGGUACGCGCUUGUCGGAUCUGUGGGAGAGCCUUGAUAAGACAACACAGGAUAGUAUCAAAGUGCAACUUCGUCAGCAAGUCGCGUGUAUGCGAGCUUGUACCUCAGAGACCAUAGGGCGACUGUCCGGCACCUCGACAUAUAACAUUUACAAUCGCCUGGCAACAACACAGUUCGGUCCCUUCAGUGACGAAGAGGCUUUUGACAAUUGGUGCCUCGUCAGAACUCCCGUUGGGCUCUGGGGCUUGCAGCGAAAACGAUGGGCUCGUUGGCUGCAGAGAGAGCGACUUAAAUCACAAAACGUCAACAAGUUUGUGCUGACACAUUGCGAUCUGACUCCAAGGAACAUAAUUGUGAAAGAUGGAAAGAUCACAGGCAUCGUCGACUGGGAAAGAAGCGGGUUCUUCCCAGCGUAUGGCGAAUAUGCAUUCGCCAUGAAAUUCGGGCACAACAUCGAGAAGUAUUUCCGUCCGGUUCUGGAAGAGGUGCUCGAGCCCUGUGACAAGAAAAGGCUGCAAUUCACGAAGCUCGUAGAGGACAGAGGCUGGUAAGCCCAAAGCGCUGCCUCAGCAUUGAAAAGUCAUUUCUCACAUUCAUCAUAUCUCAUACCACUCAAGCC